AUGCUACCCCAAACUAUGUCCCAAAUCGUCUCACUUUUAGCUGCAGUUGUAAGCUUUUCCAUAAUCCUGCCGCCUUCGGUCAAUGGGGAACGAUGGUGUGCAAACAAUCCCAAAGAUAUCGUUUUCCGCCGGCUAGGCACUAAAACUCCCUAUCGGCAUGUACAGAACAAGGAUGUUCGUAGCAUCGCUACAGUGGACGGAUGUACUGUGAGUAAAAUCUGGGGCCUAUUUCGUCACGGUACGAGAAACCCAUCGAAAAGCAUCAUCGAGCACAUGCGUGUGACGCUACCGGAACUACAGCGUGACAUCCUGGAACAUGGACAGAUAUGCCGCGAUCAGCUGGAACUGUUCGAACAAUGGCAGCCACGCCUUACGGCAGAUGAAGCAAAGCUACUUGUUCGCGAAGGUGCGGAUGAGCUGUUUCAGCUCGGCCAAAGGAUACGGAAAAGAUUCGGACCAUAUCUUCCCGAACGCUAUGACCGUAAUGUUUAUCGGUUUAAAUUCACCAAAACGGAACGUGCCGAGUACAGUGCGCGUAACUUUACACGCGGUCUGUUUGGGCGUGACGAACCGAUCGACUAUCCCGAAGCAGUUCGUCGGGAUCCGGUCCUUCGGUUUUACAAAGGGUGUGAAAAAUGGAAACGGCAAGUGAAAGAAAAUUCACACUCGUACCGUGAGAUGGAUCGUUUCGGUAGCUCUAAGGAAAUGCGAAGCGUUAUAGAGAAGUUAUCGAAGCGAAUCGGUACGUUCGUGAGUCCGGAGGAAGCGCACGCCAUCUAUCAGACGUGUGCAUUUGAAACGGCUUGGAGCGAACGAGAUCUCUCACCCUGGUGUUUGCUGUUUGACAAGGAAAGCAUCGCAACGAUGGAAUACAACGAAGAUCUGAAAUACUACUGGAUCGAUGGUUACGGGUAUGAGCUGACGUAUCGCCAAGCAUGUUCCGCUUUUAACGAUUUGUUCGCAACCAUGGACGAAGGCGAGAGGCCUAAAUUUACGUUCUACUUUACGCACUCAGGCACACUUUUAAAAUCGAUUGCUUUUUUGAGCCUGUACAAAGACAGCGAACCGCUUACGGCUCAACACUAUCGCUACAAGCGUAAGUGGCGAGUCAGCCACAUCGAUGCUUUUGGAUCGAAUUUAUAUUUUGUCCUGUACAAAUGCCCAAAUGGAACGCACACGAUCGGACUAUACCACCAGGAAAGGCUUACACACAUUCCCGGCUGUCCGGACGAUGCACUGCUUUGCAGCUAUGAUCAUUUUAAGCAACUGUACGCUGAACGCAUUCAACAGUGUGAUUUGAAUACGAUGUGUUCCGCACCGCAUGUGCCUAGCUUGGAGAAGGACGAACUGUAAGCGGACAUGAUGUGCAUGUCUGAUGUGUAAUUAGAUUUUAUUUAUUUUUACUUUUACCAAAAGACGCCUUGUUCUGCUG